UGUGAUAGGACUACCAUUUGUAAAACACAACAGACUGCGGUCUGAAUGCGCCGUAUGUGAUAGGACUACCAUUUGUAAAACACAACAGACUGCGGUCUGAAUGCGCCGUAUGUGAUAGGACUACCAUUUGUAAAACACAACAGACUGCGGUCUGAAUGCGCUGUAUGUGAUAGGACUACCAUUUGUAAAACAGAACAAAAAGACUGCGCUCCCGUACAGCACAAUAAAAAAAGAGCCGUGCUUACUGGGGUGUAACCUACCAUGUCGGCCUAACCGAUGUGAAACGACUAGCUAGUUUGCGGUGGUGCGCGUUAAUAGCGGUUCAAUCGGUGACGUCACUCGCUCUGAGACCUUGAAGUAGUUGUUCCCCUUGCUCUGCAAGGGCUGUGGCUUUUGUGGAGCGAUGGGUAACGAUGCUUUGUGGGAGGCAGUUGUUGAUGUGUCCCUGGUUGUAGCCCAGGUAGGGGCGAGGAGUGGGACGGAACAUGUACUGUGACAUCGGCCCUCAAUGGAAUGUUAUGAAUGCUCAUCCGUGUGUUAAUGCUCAUGUGAAUGCUCAUCCGUGUGUGAAUGCUCAUGUUAAUGCUCAUGUGGAAUGUUAUGAAUGCCCAUCCGUGUGUGAAUGCCCAUCCGUGUGUGAAUGCUCAGGUGAAUGCCCAUCCGUGUGUGAAUGCUCAGGUGAAUGCCCAUCCGUGUGUGAAUGCUCAUCCGUGUGUGAAUGCUCAGGUGAAUGCCCAUCCGUGUGUGAAUGCUCAGGUGAAUGCCCAUCCGUGUGUGAAUGCUCAUGUUAAUGCUCAUGUGGAAUGUUAUGAAUGCCCAUCCGUGUGUGAAUGCUCAGGUGAAUGCUCAUCCGUUUGUGAAUGCUCAGGUGAAUGCCCAUCCGUGUGUGAAUGCUCAGGUGAAUGCUCAUCCGUGUGUGAAUGCUCAGGUGAAUGCUCAUCCGUGUGUGAAUGCUCAGGUGAAUGCCCAUCCGUGUGUGAAUGCUCGGGUGAAUGCCCAUCCGUGUGUGAAUGCUCAGGUGAAUGCCCAUCCGUGUGUGAAUGCUCAGGUGAAUGCCCAUCCGUGUGUGAAUGCUCAGGUGAAUGCUCAUCCGUGUGUGAAUGCUCAGGUGAAUGCCCAUCCGUGUGUGAAUGCUCGGGUGAAUGCCCAUCCGUGUGUGAAUGCUCAGGUGAAUGCCCAUCCGUGUGUGAAUGCUCAGGUGAAUGCCCAUCCGUGUGUGAAUGCCCAUCCGUGUGUGAAUGCUCAGGUGAAUGCCCAUCCGUGUGUGAAUGCCCAUCCGUGUGUGAAUGCUCAGGUGAAUGCCCAUCCGUGUGUGAAUGCUCAGGUGAAUGCCCAUCCGUGUGUGAAUGCCCAUCCGUGUGUGAAUGCUCAGGUGAAUGCCCAUCCGUGUGUGAAUGCUCAGGUGAAUGCCCAUCCGUGUGUGAAUGCCCAUCCGUGUGUGAAUGCUCAGGUGAAUGCCCAUUUGUGUGUGAAUGCUCAUCCGUGUGUGAAUGCCCAUCCGUGUGUUAGGCCCACCGUCUGUAAAAACAGAUUGUUGCAUUGGCUUCAUUAGUCCUGAUUCCUGUGACUAAUCAAUCUGGCUAUUUAAACUCUGAAUAUCAGCUACCUGACUUUAUCAGGAGGAGAUAUAUCCUGAGUCUAUUUGUAAUGUUGUUUACACAGCGAGAAAUGCACAAGUAUUUUCUUUUUCUCUAUGAUCAGCUCGUAAAAAAAAUGUACGGAUACAAACCUUGAAACCACUGAUUUCUAAAAGUUUCAGUCUCGUUACUUUGUCGUCCAUUUUAUCUCCAGCCUGAAGGCUACAGAACAUGCCACAUACUCUUUCUACCGUAUCCUAUAUCUGCUACAUGAUUGAUGUUAGAUUAGUUUUUUUGUCGUGAUGUUGGUGGAAAGCUGCAGCGACCGAUCUCUCCAACAGCAUGCUGGAGAGGCACGCUGGGAAUAAAAAUAAUAAAUAAUAUAUGCCAUUUAGCUGACGCUUUUAUCCAAAGCGACUUACAGUCAUGUGUGCAUACAUCCUACGUAUGGGUGGUCCCGGGAAUCGAACCCACUACCUUGGCGUUACAAGCGCCAUGCUCUACCAACUGAGCCACAGAAGGACCACCACGGGAAGGGACAAGAUAAAUAUUUUAUGCCCCUGCCUUUGACAAAGUGGGCACUUCUUAUCACCGGGCGACAUCAGCGCUCACCUAAAAAAGCCAAUAUGCCACUGGUUGAGAGAAAUUGUCAUUGUUUUUGGGCAGAAUUAUGUGAGGUUUUAUGUGUUGUUGGGGAAUGCGUCUUGGUCAGAAAAUGUCGACCUUGUCAAUCUUGCCUGAUAAGAGGUCCGACCGACCCUAGUCUCACCUCAUCCCUAUCUCUCUCUCUCUGUCAGAGCUGUUUGUCUCUCUCCCUCAGACCCCAAUUCUUCUCAGGGCACUUUAUUUAUUCCUCUGUUAGUCUCCACCUCUUCAGAGCAGACAAAAGCUUUUUUAUUGGUCAGUCAGUCAUCAAUGGGCUGGUCCUGGCUGAGAGACCGAGGCUCCAGGCAGACAUCCAGGCCAUUAGCUCUGCCCAGAGCCGACUAUAGAUCCUGGUCAGCUCUAGAAGCUAAGGAUGCUGGGUAAAAAUACCCUCCUGCUGGGAGAAAGUCUGCCUGUGAUUGUGAUGUGGUUGUUAGUUUCUGUCUUGGAGGAGAACGAGAUGCUUUGGAGGUAACUGGUUUAGUUGUGGGGCAGGGAGUCGGUCUUUAUGCCCUCCUCCACCAAGGCACAUUUUGAACAUGUCUCUACCCGAACUGGGCACCUGGAUGCCUGGGUGAAGCGUGUGGAAAUGGCCUGGUCUGUGUUGUCUUUAUAGCUGCAGAAAGAAAAACCAAUAGCGACAGGUCAACAUUUGAGAGGCGUUGCGUCAUGUAUGAACUGAACACUGAUGGUCAAUAAUUGACCCUGGCUGUCAUACCUCACACAGUAGGCUUUGUCUUCAGACUACUUUCUCUGACAUUCAUUAGUUAGGAAUCUGUGUCCAAAUAAAAACUACAUCUAAAUGCUCCCCAAUGUAUUAGAUUAUUUUUUUACCCCUUUUUCUCCCCAAUUUCGGGGUAUCCAAUUGGUAGUUGGUCUUGUCCCAUCGCUGCAACUGAGCCGCGGGUCUUCCCGAAACACGACCCCGCCAAGCCGCACUUCUUCUUGACACAAUGUUCGCUUAACCCCGAAGCCAGACGCACCAAUGUGUCGGAGGGAACACCGUACAGCUGACAACCGUGCAUGUCCCUCAGCCCGCCACGAGGAGCGUGAUGGGACGAGGACAGCCCAUGUGACCAAACCCUCCCCUCAUCCGGAUGACGCUGGGCCAAUUGUGCGCCAUCUCCCGGGUCGCGGUCGGCUGCGACACAGCCUGGAAUCGAACCGGGUUCUGUAGUGACGCAGCUAGCACCACUGCUCCCCAGUGUUUUAACAAGACCUAGUAAUCCCAUCAGGAUCCUCAGGUAUUCCUGGAUUAGACUACGUGACUGUUCUGCUGUACUAUCUGGUUACCGUGGAUACAGGGGACUGACUGGAAUUCUAGAACCCUGCUGAGCAACAGGUGAUUGUGAUCAUGUGCUUGUGGACUGAGUGAGAGUGGUGAUGCAAUGUGUCCUCAUAGCCUAGUAUAUCUGGCUGGGCCUUAAUGACAUUAGCAGAUGUUGUUGUAUCUUCAUGCUGUUUUGAGCUAUUUUAAAACUCAUUAUCUGUUUCUCACUGUUUCUCUCACUCUCCAACUGGCAGUUCUUGUAAAAAUCUAAAGCUCCGAGGCAGGCAGAUGCUGAGAUGUCAGUCUGAGAAAGAAAUGAGGAUCUCCUUUCUGGUGAUCUUUCCUCUGACGGUCGGGUGAAUUAUAAAGUUACUGCCUAGCCUUUCCUGAGUAGAACACCCAUUCAACUGUCUUCCUAUUCCGCCUGCAUUUCUCAUCAGAGCUCUUUUCAUUAUGGAAUCUCUUUGUCUUAAUGAGGAAGAGAAUGGAGAGAUGACGAUGUUACCGCAACAGAGAUACUUAG